GCCAGGUGCUGGGUCUGAAAAGUAAUGAGACACCGCCCCUCGCAAAGUAACAACAGUAAUUACCAAAAUUAGCAGAACCUUCGCGAGCCUGGGGAAAACCAAUUAGGCAUGGCAAGCUCCCCACGGAUCCCUCUUGGAAGACAGAUUCAGAAUCCAAACGCGGGAGAGGAAAGAGACUCCCGAAAUAGAGUCGGUCAGGGGGGAAGGCUAGGGGAAAAGAAGGAAGCCGCCUUUCCCUAGGGAGAGAAAUCUGUCAGAGCCACUCAACUGUUUCUCUGAGGCUGCCAGGGAGAAGAGGUUUGUUUUUCUUUUAGGAAGAAAAGAGCCCUUUUCCCUACUGGGCUCGAUUUCUAGUAGGGGAAGCUCCGCCUCCUUGGGCUGUUGAUUGGCCCAACUUUUUUUCAGCUAAUUUCUACCAGCAUCCUCUCGGUCUGAUUGGCUCUCUUUGCUCAAUUCCGCUGGGAGUCGCAUCCUACCUGGUUGGGAGGUGUACAGCCUUUCCACCUUCUCCUUUCUGUACUCACCAGUCUACAGCUGAGGUGGGAGGAAAAGUCCUGGCUGGAGAACUAAGAGGAAAAAGCGAUCCCCAUGGGUUCUUGGAAAGCUCUUCUCUUCUCCCCUUUUCUUCUGUGGAAUCAAAGGAGAGGGGUGAGGUUGAUGUUCCUGUUACUGACCGUGCAUCUGGGAAACUGUGUUGAUAAAGCAGAUGAUGAAGAUGAUGAGGACUUAACAGUGAACAAAACUUGGGUCUUGGCACCAAAGAUUCACGAAGGAGAUAUAACACAAAUUCUCAACUCCUUGCUUCAAGGCUAUGACAAUAAACUUCGCCCAGAUAUAGGAGUGAGGCCCACAGUAAUUGAAACUGAUGUUUACGUAAACAGCAUUGGACCAGUUGAUCCCAUAAAUAUGGAAUACACAGUAGAUAUAAUUUUUGCCCAAACCUGGUUUGAUAGUCGUCUAAAAUUCAAUAGUACCAUGAAAGUGCUCAUGCUUAACAGUAAUAUGGUUGGGAAAAUUUGGAUUCCUGACACUUUCUUCAGAAACUCAAGAAAAUCUGAUGCUCAUUGGAUAACAACUCCUAAUCGUCUUCUUCGAAUAUGGAAUGAUGGACGAGUUCUAUAUACUCUAAGACUGACAAUUAAUGCAGAAUGUUAUCUUCAGCUUCAUAACUUUCCUAUGGAUGAACAUUCAUGUCCAUUGGAAUUUUCAAGUUAUGGAUACCCUAAAAAUGAAAUUGAGUAUAAGUGGAAAAAGCCUUCUGUAGAAGUGGCUGAUCCUAAAUACUGGAGAUUAUAUCAGUUUGCAUUUGUAGGAUUACGGAACACAACUGAAAUCUCUCAUACAAUCUCUGGGGACUAUAUUAUCAUGACAAUUUUCUUUGACCUGAGUAGACGAAUGGGAUAUUUCACUAUUCAGACGUACAUUCCAUGUAUUCUGACAGUUGUACUUUCUUGGGUAUCUUUUUGGAUCAAUAAAGAUGCAGUACCUGCAAGAACAUCAUUGGGUAUCACCACAGUGCUGACUAUGACUACUCUGAGUACCAUUGCCAGGAAGUCCUUACCUAAGGUUUCUUAUGUGACUGCGAUGGAUCUCUUUGUUUCUGUUUGUUUCAUUUUUGUUUUUGCAGCUUUGAUGGAGUAUGGCACCUUGCAUUAUUUUACCAGCAACAAAAAAGUUAAGACUACUAGAGAAAAAAAGCCAAAAAUCAAGACCUCGGUCUAUUUUAUUUUCUCAAUGUUUGUUAUUUUGGGUGGACAUCAGGAUCUUUAUUUGAGAAAUUAUAAGAUGUCCUCUGGACUCCAUCCUGGAUCUACUCUGAUUCCAAUGAAUAGCCUUUCUCUGCCACAAGGAGAAGAUGAUUAUGGCUACCAGUGUUUGGAGGGCAAAGAUUGUGCCAGCUUCUUCUGUUGCUUUGAAGACUGCAGAACAGGAUCGUGGAGGGAAGGGAGGAUACACAUACGCAUUGCCAAAAUUGAUUCCUAUUCUCGAAUAUUUUUCCCAACAGCUUUUGCCCUGUUCAAUCUGGUUUAUUGGGUUGGCUAUCUUUACUUAUAAAUUCUACUUACUAGGAAAAAUGAAAAAGAAGUCUGACUAAAUCCAAUAUAAUCUACUGUCCUUCAAUACUGCAUGAAGUUUGAAUUCAAAAUGCAGAGAAACCAAUGGUUUAAAUGUGAAUAGUUAUUUUACCUAUUUUAUGGCUUUCAUAGGUAAAUACAGUAGCAGCUUUCAGUUUAAUGUACUUUAUAAAAAGCAGAUUAUUGCAAAAUUCAGUCUAUUAAAAUAGUAUUGUAUAUUUGUACUUUAAUUUUCUUUAUUUUUGCAUAUAUCCUAUUAGGAGUUUGAAUUUAUGAGUUCUGUGAUUCAUAUUUUAAAGAUGGAAUAAUUUAUUACAAAUUUUAUUUAAAUUUAACCAAUCAUUUGUAAUGGUAGCCUAAUCUAAUGCCUAAUAAUAUGUAAUCUGUUUUUGCCUAGAAAAUAUUGUUAAUUUGAUUUUUUUUUUUGCUUUUUAUAUUUAUGCUUUGUUUGGAAUAGAACUAGUUGAAAACAGUAAACCAUGAUUUCAUUGGGUUGAUUUCUAAGAAGCUUUACUCCUCCAAACAAAUUAAUUUUACAAUUUUUAUUUUUUAAAGAAGAAAAAGCCAAUUUUUAGCUUACCUUUAAUCUAGUUCAUUUCCUGAUGAAAUAUUUAGGUUUGGUGGCUUGCAAACUAGGAUGGAAACUGUCAAAGACACUUAAAUACAAGGUGAAAAGAAAUGAAAAAUAUUACAUUUAACCAUUUUAUUCUCUGUUUCAUGGCAUUUAUGAAGAACAAAGAGAUUAAUACUGAAAUGUUUAGAUCUACCAACCUGAAAUUAAAUGACUUUUUCUUAACCUUCUACAAAAGUGCUAUAUUCCUUAAAUUAACGACAACUAACAUUGAGGAACAGGGCUUGUAUUUACUCAUGUGGCUAAAGAAUAUUAUCCAGCAAAUGAUUUGAAAUUCAAUUUGAGGAUAUUGUCUUAAGUACAUUCUAUUAACAUUUUUCAGACCAAUAAUAUUCUGGAAAAACAGUUUCAGGCCUGUGUUGCAUAUCAUCUUUUCCAGUUCCUAAAUUUCAACUUGGGCAGGUUUAUGAGUUUGUUAUAAAUUGUAAUGACAUUCUCUUUUUUAGAAAAUGUGAGCAGGCACAGAAAUUAUAUUAAAGGUGAAAUUCUGUUAGAGGUACCUCUAAUGAAAAUGAGUGUAUGGAACUCUCAAUUCUGAGAGACAGGAACAAAAAUAAUCUUACUAUAGUUUAGAGCCUGUUGGUUAAUAGUUUCCAAAUGUCUGUUUUGUUAAGAGAUGAGUUAAACUCAGGCUUUAAUUACUAUAUUCCUGUAACUAGUUUGGCAUAUCAAUUAUUUAUAAGAACUCCCUAUUCAUUCACCAUCACCUAAUCAUUUGGAAAAUCACCAGGGUGAUCUUGAGGGGUAGCCUUUAAAAAUUGGUUCCAUUGUCAACAGCAACCAUCAGGACAAAGUGUUUUAUGGUCCUGACCCAUCUUAUGGUAUGUGGAGGAAGCUAUCCCUUGUGCACUUGACACCAUGUGGUUAAUGAAUACAUGAUUAUGCUCUGGCAUGGUAUUACUUAGGUUUUUAGAAUAUAUAGGGUUUUUUUCAGUCUAGUAUAUUUCAUUUUGUAUCACCAGCCUACAUCUAAAUUUUUUCACUUUGCUUAUAAAUCUUGGGGAAAAGUAACCAUGAAUUAAGUGAUAUUGCCCAAAUAUCCACCGACACUGCUUUUUUUGAAUGGAGAGCCAAAUUAAACUUUGGCCAUGUAUAUAUUCACUUACAAAGUGCUCAUGCUUUCAUUUUUAUAACAUUGCAUAUUGACGGAUAUUCUUAAAGUAAGCAUUCAUUUAAAGAUAAAUGAAAAAUGAAGUACCAAUGAAGAAUAAAUCAUUUCACUAAAAUGUAUCAUGGGUAUUUCCAUGUUUUAAGCUCUGGCCUGCUCAUUAUCAUGGGGGCAGUUUUAAUUCUGCUGUUCUUUCAAGUCUAUCUGAGCAUGACCAUACUUCAAAAUUCUUAAAAAUUAAUAUGAACAACUUUGCUUUUCUCAAAGUGUUCCAUUAACUUGACUUCACUAUUAACAAUUUUCACAUUGUGAAUAAGAGAAAAUAAAAUAUGAUAAAAAUUAGAUAAAAAUACGACAGAUACUUUUCUAUGUACAUUCAUUGUAUAUACCAUCAAGACAUGUGAUUUGUUUUCAAAGCCAGUGGUAUUCUGAGAAGUUCUAUUUAAACAUGCAUAUCAGAAAAGGAAGUGUGUACAAAUUUUAUUCUUUUUAAAAAUGAGAGUGAAAAGAAGAUGCAAUUAGAUUAUUUUUAAAGAAAUCAAGGAAAUCUUACUUUAAAAGGAAAUGCAGUCUAAACCCCGUUUCUCUCUUCUUUCAAGUAUUAGCUUUAUUAUCUUAAGAAAGAAUUCUUAAAAAAAAAAAAUUCCUCCUCUUUCUCCAGGUGACUUACAUCUUGAUUUUAUUGGAUUCUCUGGUACUUGUGUUUUCUGACUGUUUAAAUAUACACCGAAUAACAUACACCAAAAAAAAAAAAAAAAAAAGAUAUAGAUAGAGAAAGGAUAAUUGGACCAGAGGGACUUAAAAUAAUUUGGAGAAGUGUUAAUUCACAUAGCACUAUCCUCUAAAUAUGUUACCAGGAUCUAGAAGUAUUGAAAAGGAAAGUCGUGACUAGGAUGAUUUUAUUCUCUUGGAUUUAUGGGUGCAUGAAAAUAUUUCAUCUAUUUUUGAACUGCAUAGAUAGACUCAAUUGAAAUCAAAUUCCUAAAAUUUCAAGUCAUUUCUGAAAAAAAAAAAAAAAAGAACUUAGAUUUUCUGAGAAUUCAGUAGGGAAAGAGCAUAAUUCAAGAGUAAAUCUAGCUAUAUAGAAGGUGUUUAAUAUAAGCAGAAAUUAGACAAUUCAUUGGAUACAUUAUAUUUUAAAGACAUAGAUUUCAUUAAGGAGUUUUUAAAACUUAUUAACUUUAGGUUAAAGUACAAUAAAUAUGGGGGAAAGAAAUGGCAACCCACUCCCAUGUUCUUGCCAGGAGAAUCCUAGGGACAGUGGAGCCUGGUGGGCUGCCAUCUAUGGGGUCGCACAGAGUCUGACGCGACUGAAGCAACUUAGCAGCAGCAGCAGCAGCAGGUGGCUUACAUGGUAAAGAAUCUGCCUGCAAUGAGGUAGACUCAGGUUCAUUCCCCAUUGCAGGCAGGGGUUGGGAAGAUCCCCUGGAGAAGGGAAUAGCUUCAGUAUUUCAGUAUACUGAAAUAUACUGAACCCCCUUCAGUAUUCUUGCCUGGAGUAUUCCAUGGACAUAGGAAACUGGCAGCCUAUGGUUGAUGGGGUCACAGAGUCAGACACGACUGAGCGACUAGCAUUGCACUUCUCACAAUAAAUGUGGGUAAAUAUAGAAACAACCCCCAGGGUUUUUUCCCCCUUUAGUGUGUUCCCAUAUUCUGAUAUUAAAUUUAAUCAUAAAAUAUCUUAUAUUUCAGCUUAAUAACAAGACCCAUAUUGAGAGCUACAUCCUUUCUAAGGAUUCAACAUCAAAAAUAAUGAUUGACAGGACUCCCAUAUCAAGGGCCCAUAACUGUAAGAUGUGAAAUUGUAUUUCAAGUCAAGUGUGUUGUGAAGAAAGGCAUCUCGUACUUUGAUUAUGCAAGAGAUUUAGAUCAGAUGAUAUGUUUGAGUUUAAAAUUUAAAUUGAUUACCAAUAAUUGAAUAAAUGCAUAAUAAAUAAACAAACACAUGUAUAAAAUCAUCGGUUUAUUUUUUGUUGCUCAGUCAUUUGGUCAUGUCUGAGUCUUUAUGACCCCAUCAACUGUAGCCCACCAGACUCCUCUAUCCAUGGGAUUUUUCAGGCAAGAAUACUGGAACAGGUUGUCAUUUCUUCCUCCAGAUCUGUCUGAUUCAGGGACUGUGCCUGUGCCCCCUGUGUCUCCUGCAUUGGCAGGCAGAUUCUUUACCACUGAACCACCUGGGAAGUUCCCAAAGUUUUAUACCAGUGCUUAUUUUCACUCUUGAAAAAUUCAGCAAGAUACCACAUUUGCAAUUACAAUAUUCCAUUGAUCUUAGUGCUGGAGUUUAAGUGAAGUGGUUCCAUAGACCUUUAAUGAUUUAGCAUUUGUCCCAAGAAUAACAUUUUGAAAAUAAUUUCUGACCAAGCUAUUUUUCUUUACAUCAUCAAAUUUAUGUAACUCUGUCACACCAAACAAAGUCCAGACUUACCUGCUAUUGUUUCUAUUGGUCAUCAUGGUUUUUGCUGCUGUAGAGCCCUUGACAAAGCAUAGUAAACUUUACCAUAGUAAAGUCCAUUUACUUUACUUUUAGUUUACCAUAGUAAAGUCCAUUCCCAACCUUCUAACAAAAUUUUCUAAAUGUUGUUUCCAGACACUAUUGACCACACUACUCUAGUCAAUGUAAGGUCAGGUCUGCUUUUCUUGUGUUUUCAUUUUGAAAAGAACCUAACUUAAUUCAAAUAUUUAUGCAGUACUUCCUAUGUAUAAGGUAAUGAGGUACAAGAGGGAAUAUAAAAAUGAACUUUCCUUAGGAAAAUUAUCAUAUCAUCAGAAGAUGAGUUAUAUAAUCUAAGGGAGGGAGGGUAACUCUGAGAAAAUUUCUUGGAGAAUAUGUGCUUAGAAAUGGGAGUUUGAGAAUUCAAUAUGUCAAUAGGUGAGGUUAAUAGAGAACACAUUUUCCAGUUGAGUAAACAUCUUGAAUAAAGAAGCAGAAUCAAAUAAAAGUUUGCUUUUAUUUGGGUACACAUAAAAGUUCGUUUUAAUUGAAGGUUAAAAUUCAUACAGGGACAAGCAAAGAUGAGGCUAGAUAGAUAGGUCUAGCCCCAUGAUAGAGAGGCAAGAAUACAAAUUUCAGAGGGCUGGGUGAUACGAGCCUAGCAUGCUGCAGUCUAUUGGGUUGCAAAGAGUCAGACAUGACUGAGCUACUGAACUUAACUGGGUGAUACCAAUUCUUGAGGAGUUUAUGAUGUUACGUGAGUACAGAAGCAUCAUUAUUAAUAUCAUAAAAGUUUCAUCCUACUGGUGUGUGAUGCUUAGAAUAAGAAAAACCAGUUAGGAAGCUUCUACUAUAAUACAUGGAAGGAGAGAGAAUGAAGGUCAGUAUGCUAGGAAUAGAAAUUCAGUGGAGUAGGGGGAAAGAUAGAUCCUGAAAUAAAAGGAAAAAAAAUGGCAAACAAGAAGCUGUGAUUAACAGACAAUAUUAACUAAGUGACGUGCUGUGGGUAGGAAAGGGGAUCCUGUAUUGCAUAGUAGGUAUGUGAGUGUAAACUGACAGUAAAACAUUACAAGGUAAUUUUGGAUGUAUUAUGAUCUUGUUGUUACUUGUAACAUUUUAAUCAAAUGCUUAUUUUUCCUACUGAUCUAAGUUUUUCCCACAUUAGGGAUGGCAAAAAAGAAUAAUCUCCUGAAGUACAAUCUGUCCAAAUUAUUAUUAUUUUGUAAAAAUCUGUUCCUUCACUGAAAGGGCUUUCUCUUCAAGUAACUUUCUCUUCUUUCUAACUAAGGAAAAAUACUAUAUUUGGACAAAGAGAGGAAGGAAGGAGAAGCGUGAGUAGAAAUAAGUGGCUGAGUGACCAGACAGAUCCAGGAAGUUGAUUUCUGAAUCUCAAACAAUUUCUGAAAUAUUUGUCUCAAAAUAAAUUAUUGUUGGACAAUGGAAUGUACCUGGUACCUUUGAAUCUGUGAAUAGUUAAGAUGAGCCUGUGAUAACUAUAAUGCAGUUAAGCUGAAAAGAGUUACUAAUUAAAAGACUUUUAAGUAUAGAGGAUUUAAAUGUAAAUGGUUUGGAUCUUGAUAAACCGCUGUAAUAACAGUUAUUUGUGUCCAUACAUAGUCACUUUGUAUAAUAAAAUUUUAUGGCUUGUGAUUGCAAUGGCUUCUGUUGUCAGCUUCUGACAUCAUUUUGGGGAGCAUUCUGUGAGUGUGUGCCAAAAGUAUCUCAGUUUAUCAGCCUUCUGUCCUUUAAUGAUUCUAAGUGCAAAUAAAUGCAGUAACUUAUUAUGAAACAAAAAGUUA